AUGCCCUUGUCCAUCGGAUGGCAGCUGCUAGCAAGAAGCUUCCUCCUCGUCGUAGGCGCCGCUUCCGUGCAACGAGCCCUCACGCCACCCAACCCGCGUAUCGCUAAAGAGGAUGUAGUGAAGGGGGACCCCGCCGAUAGAGGAUAUCGAUACAGGGCUUACUUUGAUAUGACUACCAUCGCAUUACUCUCCAUCUUGGAUAUCGCAAGAAACUUCAUCGCGUAUCACGACUUCACGUCGGUGUCGAACUUUCUCUGCCUACCGCAGACUACGAUAGCCCCUGCUCUACACCCCACGUUAGUCGCUGGCACCUUAAUCUGCGCCGCAGCAGGUGCGCUCCGCGUCUGGUGUUUCGUAGCUCUGGGACCGUAUUUCGACUUUCAACUCAACAUCAAGGAGGAUCACAAACUCGUCACGCAAGGCCCUUACGCUUACGUCCGGCAUCCAUCGUACACGGCCAACUACGCGCUGUUCUUGGGCGGAUCCAUGAUCAUGCUCUCGCCGGGCCAUUGGUUCAGAGUGUGCGGGAUAUGGAACUUUCCGAUCGUGUUGAUGCCAAUCUGGUGGCAUUUCGAGAUUGUCUAUAUGACUUUCAUGUUGUCAGGGAGAGCGAAGGUGGAGGACGAAUUACUGAGAAAGAAGUUUGACAAGCAGUGGGAUUCAUAUAGCCAAAGAGUUCCCCACCGAUUUAUUCCAGGGAUAUUCUGA